GGCGGAUCAUCAUCGUGGUGGCAGCUACACUCGGAGACUCCCGACAAACUGUCAAAAAUAUUCAGCAAACGAACCAUGGCAGAGCUGGACCUGAGCCUGAGCGAUGCUCUGAUGGACAGUGUGCCCCAGGCUGGCCCGGAGGACCUGGUGGAGAGGGACUUUGUGGCCCAGCUGGAGGCCGAGGCUUUUGACGACCAGGUGGGCGAGACUGUGGGCAAGACGGACUACAUCCCCCUGCUGGACAACGACGGGAACAGGGCAGAUGCCGACUCUGUGUUGGAGAAUGGCGAGCAGGACGCCCAAGGGGCACAAAAACCUGUUACUGCAGGUUCUAAAGUGACACCUGGGGGACAGAUAACAGCGUCACGCCCAGAACCACAGGGGGAAGUGCGUCCCAAUUCGUCAGAGCAGCAAGUCUUUGCAGCCCUCUCAGGCUCCAUGGCAGGCUUCCCUGAUCAUUGGAGCUCCCAGCGCAACAACCCGCCCCAGAUGAUGGACAGUGGACUGAUGGGAGAUUCUUCAGGUUUCUCCCAGCCUGCUAUGGGGAUGGAGAUGGGGAUAGCUCCACUAUCGACAGAGAGGCCUCCCAGCAUCGCAGAGCCCCAGAAGCCCCCACCUCAGGCAGCCAACCCAGCUAAGGACAUGUCUGCAGGUGCCCUGGGCGAUGGCUGGCCAGACGAGGCUUGCAUUCCCACCGACCUGCCAUUCACCCAAAGCGUCUCCACGGUGAUCAGUCGCCAUGCCAGCCACCUGGCGGCCAGCCCCGAGGACCGCCCUGACUCUGGCUGGCCCCACCGAGAGGCCUCGGCCGUGGGGGAGGAGAGGGAAAGCAACGAAGGAAACGACCGCAAACAACAGCAGAAGAAGAAGAAGAAAAGGAGGCCCCGGGAUGAUGUGUACGACCUGGUAGAGAACAGGGGCCAUCCGGAGGCUCAGGCUGAAAACACACCCCUGUCAGAGGGCCACCACAGGGUCUCCCCCCGCAAGGACAGGGACAGGAUGGAUGGAGGCUGGGAGCGCGAAGAGCCAGGGAGAAGUGGAGGCAGGGGAAAGAGGGGCAAGAGCAGGAAGAAGCUUCCAGAAGAGUGGGGAGUCACAGCUGAGCCCUUCGUGCCCUCUUCUGCCUCUUCUGCCAAUGACCUCCCUGAAGGGCUUUCUGAAGGGGUGUUAGACCAACUAGUGCCCCCCACCACCCAUUCCCAGCCCCUGGAGAACCCCUACUCCAACAUGGGGCUGAGUCCUGCCAGUGAGGAGUUCUACGAGGGCCUCUUCCCUCCAUCUCUCACCCAGGACCUGCUCUCUCUCACAGCUCCCACCUCCCCUCCACCGGCCCUGGGCUGUGAGCUCCUGCCUACCGCCCCUGUCUCCAUGCCCACCAGUCAGGGAGACUUCUCGCCCAAGGGCACCUUCCCCAUGGCCUCACCUCCAGGAGACCCAUUCACUGCUAGCUACCAAGACCUGCUCAUGGAUACAGAGAACGCUAGCAUGGGCAAUGCCAAAGUGGCUUUCUCCACAACCUUUCCCCUAGAUUCCCCAGUUCAUGAGUCGGGUGUCAAGGUGGUGUUUGAUCAUGACACCCCCAUGCACGAUGUCCAUAUGAAAAAUGCCUUAAGUUUAAGCCCCACCCGGCAACCAGAUCAUGGCCUGUCCCCAUUGGAGAAGUUCAGUGAGCUCACAGCGACCGCUCCCCCUUUCUCCCCCUCCGACAACUCCUGGCUCAUCAAUGACUCCAACUUCAACAACGACUCCUUUGAGUUCAGUGACAUCACUCCAGGGCGCCCACUACCUCUGGGCCUAGCCUUCGACACACCCAGCCCAGCCCCCCUCCGCUCCCCCAAAACCAUACCCGAAUAUCACCCCAGGGAGGGCAAAUCCCCAUCACAGAAUAUACCCACGAAGUCCCCCCCCUCCUCCUCCUCUUCCACCAAAAGCCCCACCUCCCCGGGGUCUGGUCUGAACCCCGCUGCCAAGCCCUUCUUCCCCAGCUUUGCCGAACUCACGGAGCCCCAGGUGGUGGUGGCCCCCAUGUCUGAAGUCAAAUCAGAGAAGAUGGACAAACCAGAGAAAGAGGAGACGAUGGACCACUUUGAGAAGUUGGACCAAUUUGACAUGUUGGAUAAGCUAGAUAAAGUGGAGAAGAAGGAUUCGACUGGGAAGACUGAGGCGUCAGUGAAGGUGGCGUAUGCAGGACCACUGGACAAAGGAGAGAAGAUGGAUAAAAUGGACAAGGCAGAGAAAACGGAAAAGCUGGAGCUGGCAGAAAAGGUAGACAAAGAAGAAAACCGGGAGAAGGUGGAUAAAAUGGAUAAGGGUGACAACAUAGACAAGGUAGAGAAGGCGGACAAAGUAGAGAAGAUGGACAAGGUUGAAAAGCCUGAGGAGACAGAACAGAAUAUUGAAAAAGUGGAGAAGACCCCAGAGAAACCGGAGACAGCGGUGAAGAUGGACACAUUUGACAAGAUGGAAACACAGCCUGACAAGAUGGAAACACAGCCUGACAAGAUGGAAACACAGCCUGACAAGGAGAAGACAGACCAUGUUGGAAAGGUAACAGUAACAGCUGAGAAAGAAACAGAAAACGUUGAGAAGCCCAAAGACAAUGUUGAGAAGCCCACAGAAAAAAUUGAGAAGCCCACAGACAACGUUGAGAAGCCCACAGACAACGUGGAAAAGGAGGAUAAGAAGCCAGAGAAAACAGAGCUGGCUGAGAAAUUAAACAAGCAGGUUAAGGUGGAGAAAUCUGAGAAAAAAGAGCUGAAAAGUCCUGAGAAAAAGACGGACAAGAAAUCAGAGACUGCUGAUAAGGCCAAAAAACCUGCAAGUAAACCCUCGACCAAUGGGAGCAGUGCCGCACCAAGCAAGGACCUGCCCAGUCCAGACAAGAAGACCAAGCCUGUCGCCGGGGCAACCAAACUGAGCGCCGCUAAGCCGCGGCCGAGCUCGGCAGCAUCCGCUGGUGCUGCCGCCCCCAAACGCCCCACCCCUUCCUCCACCUCCACCACCACCUCAGCCACCCUCCUCAACAAAAAAACGCCCGUGCCCAAGGCCCCUACCCCCACUGCUGGCCCCAAGCGGCCUUCGUCCACAGUCAGCCGGCCCACAUCCGCAGCCACCGCCUCCACCACUGCGCCACGUGAGGUCAAGCCCAAGACGACCACAGAGAGGCGUCCUCUAGUGCCAAAGGCCACCGCCGCCUCCACGGCUCGAACUGCUGCCCCCAAAAACGGCACUGCCACCACGGCAACCAGUAAACCAGCCACGGCGACCCGCACGCCCCUCGCAUCCCGCACUGCCGGCAGCGCACCCGCAACCAGACGCCCUCUGGCAUCAAAGACUGACAGCAAGCCAGGAGAGGACAAGAAGCCCAGCACUCUGAAGUCAACAACAGCAGACUCCACCCGGCCCCGGACCAGCACCACCCGCAGCUCUAUAGCUAGCACCACCAGCGCCACCCCCCGUGUUCGCCCCUCCACCACCAAACCUGCCCCCUCCUCCUCCACAGUAUCAGAGAAGAAGCCGUCUGUGCCCCGCGUCCCCCGUCCCACCUCCACCACGGGCAGUGCCAACGCCACGCGCACCACCUCCCGCCCAGGCACAGCCCCCGCACCAGACAUUCGCAAUGUGCGCUCCAAGAUCGGCUCCACGGACAACAUGAAGUACCAGCCCGGAGGGGGGAAGGUCUCUGGCAGGAGCGACGCCCUGGCCAAAGGCUCCUCCUCCAAAGAGACCAGCGAGGCCAAAGUUCAGAUAGUCUCCAAAAAGCUGGACUUCAGCCACGUCACCUCACGCUUGGGUUCCAAGGACAAUAUCAAGCAUGUUCCUGGUGGAGGGAAGGUACAGAUACUCAACAAGAAGGUGGAUCUAAGCAAAGUGACAUCGAAGUGUGGCUCCAAGGCCAACAUCAAACACAAGCCUGGGGGCGGCGAUGUGAAGACCGAGUCCCAGAAAGUGAACUACAAGGAUCAGGCUAAGUCCAAAGUGGGCUCAAUGGACAACCUCUGUCACGAGCCCGGCGGUGGCAACAUCAAGGCUGAGGGAGCCCAGGAGAUGGCAGAGGAAAAUGGGGCUCGCUCCAGUGAUGCCUCAGCCAAGGUGCCAGGGCAGGCAAGCAGCCCCGCCCAGGAGAACGGAGUGAAGGAGAGUGCCCCUUGCGGAAGCCAGGGCAUCCAUGACCCCCAGGGCUUUGACUCGCGCAUCCCUGAGACAAGCUUCUAAUUCUUCUUUGUGCUAUCCCUCUACCCUCUUCAUCUUAACCCCCUCAACAUCUCCUAUGUCCCCCACUCCUCUCUCCUCUCCUCUUUCCCAUUCUUUCGGUCCCAUUUCCACACUUCCUGCUGCAGAUUGAGUCUUUCAAGCUCAACUUCCGCGAGAACGCCCGCUCUCGCACGGACCACGGCGCCGACAUCAUAACCUGGCCAGCCCCGGGAGACAACCCCUCACACCCACAACGCAGCGUCUCUCUCAACGACUCCCUGACUUCUGCUGGCUACCCCCGCUAGCAGGACUCAGGUCAUGACCCUCAAUCCCACAUCCAAACACCUCACUCAUGUAUCAUUCUCUUACUACGCUUAAACCUGCGCUUACCUACCUACCGCUGUCCUGUGUUCCCAUUGGAUGAGCUGACAUUGUACAUACAGUAGACCAAGCUUCAAGCAGGUUGGGAUAACAUUGGGAGGGGAACGGAGGCUUGCCAUGUUAACUGUGAAGUCUAAUUCAUGUUUCCUCACCUCUCCAAGAGCAUAACAUGGCAGUUGCAGCGUACAGUAGCAAAAAAAUCAGUCUUAUCCAGUAUUACAGUACGUCCUAGUGCCGUUUUAGUGAGAGUAAUCUACCAGGCAUCGCCAGCCCUGAACACACCUGUUUGGUUCACAUAGACACCCCCAAUGGGAAACCUUCCUAGACUCACCUGUAGGUUAUGUACGCAGACUAAUAUGUGUGUAGAGCCCUUUUACUUGUGAGCAUGUAGGGCUGUGGUGUGUUCCCAAUAACCAUUGAUUAAUUUACUCACUAUUCACCAACCAUCUACUCACUCACUGCCUCACCUCCCUCCUCUCUCAUAUCCAUGUACCCAGAGUUCAGACCCCUCUUUUUCACUGUCCAAGGGUUAAAUAUAUAUUUUUUUUAAAGAGCACUCACAAAAUAUUAGUAAACUAGUAGACUGUAGGCUAUUUAACUCUCUUUAAAUUGUGUGUUUGUGAUGGUGUUUGAUUGAAUAAUACUGUAACAAUGAGCUGUGGCGUUCUGUUCUGUUUACUUUUACAUUAGUUUAUUUUCCUCAUCAGCUUAGUUUUAAGGUAAGUUUCAUUGUUUUCUUCUUUCGUUUUAUUUCUCGUGUAAGCAAUACGGUGGAUGGUCUCUUUACCAACAGGGCUCAGAAAUCCUCUUGAAUACACACACAUAUAUUUUUCUCGAAACAAAGGCACACAGUCAUGAAGAUGCGACUCCGUUUAGGGCUUUGGGUGUGACAAGGGAGAUGAAGACAGAUAAAAAGGGAGACAGCGAACACUGAGGCGUAGUGACGUAAAAAUGUGUCCCCUUCAGUGUGUUAAGACAACAAUGUGAUGUGUCAGAAUAGUGCUGUCUAGGAAAGUUCAAGAGAGUAAUAGAAUGUUAAGAUGAAUUAUGUGAAGGAAAGUGUCUCGGAGGUUGGUGGAGCGAUGUGUCUUGUACUGUACGUGCCUCCUGUCCUGCUUACCUGAAACUGGGAUGGGACUCGGGCUGGAAGCUCAAGCUGAUGGACCCUUGUCCCUGGAGUGACACAGACAGACAGAAUGUCAUAGUUGAAAAUGAAACCGCAUGGUGGCACUGUAGUUUGAUUAGGAUUUAGAAUAAUCGUAUUUUGUGACCAGUUCUGCUUGUUGUCCCAUUUCAGCUGUUUUCUGAGGGUUCUGGUAAAGUGUUAUUGACAGUUAUAAGAGGUUCUGCUGAAGGACUUGUUGGAACAUUAUUAGAGGUUCUGCUGAAGGACUUGUUUUUGUCAGGCUGUUGGCAGUGGAACAUUCAAUGUGGCUUAUUUUACUUGUAGCAAUGUAUCCAACAAUUGCCUCCAAUUGCCUUUUUAGUGCAUGGCCAGGUAAUAUCAUGCCCAGAGCAGAAAGCCUAUGUGCAUUAUUACUUGCAGUGUUGUGGUUCAGUAUAUUUGUCCUUGGGGGCAAAUAGUCGGUGUUGUAUAUUCUUUUUUUUUUAACAGUGGGCAGGAAGAAAAUUGGGGGCUGUCAAUUUGAUUCUAAAUUCUAUUGCAGUUUGGUAUAUUAUAUAAUUCAGCUAUAAGUUCGUCAUGUUUUUUAAAUGUGUUGAGCUCAAAAUAAGGACAGUACACCAGGUACUCUUUUUGAGGAAUGAUUCCCCCCUAAUUCACAUCAAGAUGUAGGCCUACUUUAAUAUCCUCUUAAAUCAGAGAUAUGGAAACUAUUAAAAUGACCUUAAAUUCUUGAAUAUAUUAAAGAGGGUUCACUGUGAUGGUAAUGUGUAUUUGAUGAAAGGUAAAGCUAUCUCUCCACACACUGAUUUACUCCCAUUUUGUUCCUAGGAUAUCCAUGAAAUAUUGUUUAAAAGAGGUUGUAAUAAUGUUUUUAAAUUAAUCACAAUCUAUUGAGAUGUGUGGAAUAGGCCUAAUACCCAGAGCCAAUAAAAGUCCAUUUAAAUGUUUUAAGAAAAUGGUCACUACAUUUUAUUGUUAUCAACAAGAUGUUAUUUUAGAAUUGGAGAGGUUUGUAGAUAUUGAUAUUUGAGCGGUUUUGUAGUACAGCAGUGACUGUUGUAAGAGGAACGGCUGCUGAGGUGGAUCGUAGUAUCACCUCUGGUGCCACGAUCCUCAUCUGAUAGUGAAAUGUCAAUAUUACCCCUGAUCCUGACUUACCACACUGACUGGGAUGUUCUCUCUGAGAUUGCACACGGUUGUAUAUAAAUAGAUAUUUUACUGUUUUAUACACUUUCGCCACAGGAAGAAAAGAAAAAACGAUAUGAAAACAACAAUGAUGGUAAUAAGGAUGUUAAGUACAGCUUUUAUGUUAAUGUCUUUAACAGUUUUAAUAGUACGGGGUAUCAUUAUUGUUAUUGAGCAAGUCUGCCUUUUUCUACAAGAAAAGGGCAGCUGAAGUGGAAGAAUGUUAUUGAGAUAUAAUGUUCUAUAGAUGCAACACUUUUGUAUUUAUCUUGUGUUCCCAUAGUGACAUGGUGGUUGGGUCAGUGGGGAGUGUUUGAGGGGUUAUACGCAUGGGAGGCAUAAUGAGGUCUGGUCCAGUUUGUGGAUUGCUGUCUAUUGAACAGUGUUUCUUUCACAAAUUGUAAGAGUUUUGUUAACUUUCACAUAACCUUUGUCCAUCCCCACAACCCCAGUCUUAAGAAAUGAAAAUACUCUUAUUUACAGGUAGACCUUCAGAUGUGAUUUUGACAUUGUAGGAUACAGUGACCUUCUUGCGUUGAUUUGAAAACAAGAUACGUGUAACAUGGAAGGGAUUGAAACUAAUGUGUAGAAUUGCACUGUAUAACAUGCCAUUGUGGUGCAGGGCUUCCUGUUAAAGCAGGAAGUGGGAUUAGAAGUCAGGUCAUAUCUGUCAUUUAGGAAUAUUGUUGCCCUUGCCCUACACGCACGCACACACAGAAACACACACACACACACACUCUGUCCUGGAGUGUCAUGGAGACGUCCGCGCCCUAACACACCCUUAUGUAAGACUAACAGUAGUUGUCAGGUUUGGCUUGUGUUACUUAGAGCUCUCCAGUAAUGCUACAAUGAGCUCCAUAGAUCUGCUUCUACCGCUAGCGCACACCCAAUGUGCAAGUGUACUCAUAGAAAACACCUAUUUAAGAGCAUGCAGAAACAAAUGGAAUGUGUUCAGUAGACUUAUGUCAUUUGCAGAAUUUGUCAUUUGCAGAAUUUGUUUUUUUGUUUUUCAUUCAUUUUGAAUUUACAUUUUUGGUUUGAAAGAAGUGUUUAUUGUGAUUAAUUGUUAAUUAGUGAUGUGAUUAUUAAACAUUAAAAAAAUAUAUGUUUAAGA